AUGGCGAUAGUGUCUUUAUCUUGUACCAUAUGUUCUGCCAGGUUGAAGAAUUAUCGUCUGGUCGCUGAUCUGAAACCUGGGACCAAUGAAGUGGCUGUCAGGUGGAUCUUAUCACCUGUCAAUCCCGCGGACAUCAACAGCAUUCAGGGUAAAUACCCCACUAAACCGAAACUCCCAGCGGUUGGUGGAAAUGAAGGGGUUGGAGAGGUCAUCGAUGUCGGGAGUGGGGUGAAAACUGUCAGGGUAGGGGACAGAGUUGUUCCCAAUGGCAAUAAUCUUGGAACCUGGAGCACGAGGGGAGUUUAUCCUGCUCAGGGAGUGAUGAAGAUUCCAGAAAGCUUCACUGACGUUGAGGCCAGCAUGCUGAACGUGAAUCCCUGCACGGCGUACAGGAUGCUGAAGGACUUCGUGCCCCUGUGCCCAGGGGACACAAUUAUCCAGAACGGAGGGAAUUCGGCGGUGGGACAGCUGGUGAUUCAGCUGUGCAGAGCCUGGGGCUUGAAUUCAGUCAGUGUUGUCAGGGAUCGAGAGGAUAUCGGUGAUCUCAAGGAUCAUCUCAAGUGUCUAGGAGCCACUGAGGUCCUUACCGAGACAGAAGUGCGAACCACUGAUUUGUUCAAGAGCAAGAGAUUAAAUCCACCGAAAUUAGCGUUCAACUGCGUCUGUGGGGAAAGUGCUCUGAAUAUUCUCAGGCAUUUGGCUCAGGAC